CCGUACACACAAUUCACAAAUAAGGAACAAGGCCCGAAGGGGGAAACUCACAAACAAUGGCGACUAUGGUGGAGGAAAACUCAACGGAACAAACCCUACCGGAAGAGAUGCAGCAGCAGCAGCAGAAGCCCGGGAGCAGUAGUAGUAAUGGUGAUAAAAACCCCAGCCAGUCGCAGGUAUGGAUGACGAUGGCUCAAGCUUGGCUGUCCGCCUUCCCCGACGCCAAGGCUGUGAGUACCGCCGAUGUCGAGGCCUGGAUCGAGUCCAAUUACAGCUCUUUACCAACCGACCUUCAGUCCAUGCCUCGCUCCGAGAUCAUCCAUCGCCUCCUCUCCAUUCAGAACUACAUGAGACCUUCUCCUCAGCCGGUGGCAGUGGUGAAACCAGUUGACAUCUCAAGCGAUAUUCCCAGCUACCGAUUCCAACGCACAGAUAGAUGGCUGCCAGUUUAUUCAUGGUUGGAGACCUUGGACAGUGACGAGGUGGUUAAGUCUAAAGAAAUCUAUGACUGGUUAGAUUCCAACCCAGAUAUCAAAGAAGACUUGUUCUCCAGACACUCGCGGUACCAUUUGAUGCAUUACAUCAAGAAGUGCCAUUUCAAGAUACUCAAGAAGAGGGAUAAAAAGAAGGAAUCCCAGCAGGCAGACAAACCAAUCUCGCCCAAUGCACACAAUAGUAUUGUGGAGUUUAAGGAACCACCAGCACCACCUGCAACUAUAAGCAAACAACUGAUCAGUAUACCCAAAGAUAGUGACCUGUAUGCAGCCAAAAGAAAUGAAGCUGUUCAAAAGUAUGAGAUCUUAUUGGAGUUGGAGAAGAAGCUCAUGCCUCACUUUUCGAAGCGCCAAAAGCUGCAAUGAAGCGAUCUUACUUGACGGUCGAGAUUUUUGCCCUGAUUUAUGUCAACUCCUAGCGGUAGUGAAUCAAGUUAUUGUAAGUAGGCAAACUCCACUGACUUGAGAAGUCGAUGCAGCCGAGGAAAGAAGAAAACCACUGUCUAUUAGUGUAAAAUAUGGAAUGUAGGGGGCUAAGGAACUGCUCUGCCUUGUCCCCCAUCCCUUACAGCUUGAUGUGCGUGGCUGAGUUGCUGGCCUGGCUGGCAUCCCAUAUGUGCUGAAUGAAGCUAGGCAGUUGAAAAGUUGAAAAAGAGUGGGACGAUGAUAUCUAGAGCAAUUGGUGUUGGAAUGAAGGAUGGGCCUCCAAGUGGGGUGUUUUUCUCAUCUCAUCAAUCCGUUGGCGCUUGUAGUUUUCAAGAGAAGUCUCUUAGUCUUUAAUUAAUCAUUUGGCUUGUUGGGAUAGAAAGAAAUGACGCAUAUUGUAAACUGGAAUGAUGCUUUUAUUUUUUCUAAUCAAAAUUGAAGCAAUGUCUUGGAUAUUACCGUCCCACUGCUGGAAAGCAGAAGCCAGAAACAGAGAAUGGAAGGCCAAAUGGGAGAUCUGACACAACUCUGCAAACCAAACCCCACGAAACACCAUGGAAAUGAAUUAUGAUGAUAUCA